UGUUUCCUAUCUCAGCACAACCCCGAGCCGGCAACCAACACCAGGCAUUGGGGCUAACCACCCUCUGCCUCGGCAGGUGGUGCAGAUAAGAACUGGCAGGGCAGGGGUAAAGUGUAGUCUGUGUUACUCGCCUCCCCUUCAGAUGAUCAGAUCAGAUUCCAGAAGGGAGCUGCGACCCUACCAGUGGGAGGUGAUCAUGCCUGCCCUGGAGGGCAGGAAUAUCAUCAUAUGGCUGCCCACGGGGGCUGGGAAGACCCGGGCAGCUGCUUAUGUGGCCAAGAGGCAUCUAGAGACUGUGGACGGAGCCAAGGUGGUCGUACUGGUCAACAGGGUGCACCUGGUGACCCAGCAUUGCGAGGAGUUCAGCCACAUGCUGGACAAACGCUGGGCCAUUAUAACCCUGAGUGGGGACAUGGGGCCACGAGCUGGCUUUGGCCACCUGGCCCGGAGCCAUGACCUGCUCAUCUGCACAGCCGAGCUGCUACAGAUGGCACUGACCAGCCCCGAGGAGGAGGAGCACGUGGAGCUGAACGCCUUCUCCCUGCUUGUGGUGGAUGAGUGUCACCACACGCACAAAGACACCGUCUACAACAUCAUCCUGAGCCGGUAUCUACAGCACAAACUCCAGAGGACACGGCCCCUGCCCCAGGUGCUGGGUCUCACAGCCUCCCCAGGCACUGGUGGGGCGUCCACACUUGAUGGGGCGAUUGACCACAUCCUGCAGCUCUGUGCCAACCUGGACACGUGGCGCAUCAUGUCACCCCAGAACUACCGCCCCCAGCUGCAGGAGCACAGUCCUCAGCCCUGCAAACAGUACAACCUCUGCCACAGGCGCAGCCAGGACCCAUUUGGGGACAUGCUGAAGAAGCUCAUGGAGCGAAUCCACAACCGCCUGGAUAUGCCGGAGUUGAGCCGGGACUUCGGGACGCAGACUUACGAGCAGCAGGUGGUGGAGCUGAGCCAGGAUGCGGCCGAGGCCGGGCUCCAGCAGCGCCGGGUGUACGCGCUUCACCUGCGGCGCUACAACGAUGCGCUGCUCAUCCACGACACGGUCCGUGCUGUGGACGCACUGGCCUCGCUGCGGGAGUUCUACGACAGGGAGCGCGCCACUAAGACCCAGGUCCUGCAUGCCGAGCGCUGGCUGCUGGCACAGUUCAAUGACUACAAGAAUGAGCUGGCCGACCUGGCGACACGUAGCCCGGAGAACCCCAAACUGGAGAUGCUAGAACAGAUCCUACAAGAGCAGUUCGGAAGCUCCGACGGCUGCCGGGGCAUCCUCUUCACCCAGACCCGCCAGAGCGCUCACUCUCUCCUGCUCUGGCUUCAGCAGCAGCCGGGCCUGCAGAUACUGGACAUCAGGGCUGACCUGCUGAUUGGGGCUGGGAACAGCAGCCAGAACACCCAUAUGACCCAGAGAGACCAGCAAGAAGUGAUCCGGAAGUUCCGGGCUGGCAUCCUGAACCUCCUGGUGGCUACAAGCGUGGCGGAAGAGGGGCUAGACAUCCCCCAGUGCAAUGUGGUGGUGCGCUAUGGGCUCCUGACCAACGAGAUCUCCAUGGUCCAGGCGAGGGGCCGUGCCCGGGCUGGUCAGAGUGUGUACUCGUUUGUGGCGACCCAAGGCAGUCGGGAGCUGCGGCGGGAGCUGACCAACGAGGCGCUGGAGACUUUGAUGGAGCGGGCCGUGGCUGCCGUGCAGAAGAUGGAUGAGGCCGAGUACCAGGCCAAGAUCCGGGAUCUGCAGCGGGCAGCCCUGGUCAAGCGGGCCGCCCAGGCAGCCCAGCGGGAGAAUCAGCGGCAGCAGUUCCUGGCCGAGCAGGUGCAGCUUCUCUGCAUCAACUGCAUGGUGGCCGUGGGCCACGGGAGUGACCUGCGGAAGGUGGAGGGCGCCCAUCACGUCAACGUGAACCCCAACUUCUCGAUCUACUACACUGUCUCCCGGGGGCCUGUGGUCAUCGACAGAACCUUCAAGGACUGGAAGCCUGGGGGUGCCAUUCACUGCAGGAACUGUGGGGAGGCCUGGGGUCUGCAGAUGAUCUACAAGUCAGUGAAGCUGCCAGCGCUCAAAGUUCGCAGCAUGCUUCUAGAGACACCCCGAGGGAGAGUCCAGGCCAAGAAGUGGUCCCGCGUGCCCUUCCUCGUGCCUGACUUUGACUACCUGCAACACUGUACCCAGAACCUGUCUGACUUCUCCCUGGAUUGAGCCUCCUGUCCCUGCAGUGCCUGGCUCAGGCUGCAGGGGGCGGGAGAAUCCGUGGCAGCUGCCGUCUUCCACGGGGUGAAGCCCGGGCCCAGGCCCCUCUUGUCUGAGUCACCAGCUCCGGGUGUUUUGCUGACCAGCCACAGACGAACCCGGGCACCCAGGCUGGCUGAGACUCCCACGCCAAGGAAGCAACUGGAGAGCCACAGCUCAGCCUCAGUCUCCCUGCACACUCACAGAUACUCCAGUGCACUAGAUGGACGUGAGAGUUGGGGGGCAUUGGGAGGGAAACUGAGGCAGGAGGCUAGCCCCACUAAACUAGCAAUCACCACAACUUCCCUUGACCCCCUGACAUUCCUUCCCUGCCAAGGCCACUUCUAUUUUUGGAGGCUCCUCAUAAAUUGAAAAUAAAGAAGUAGAAAAUUGG